AAUGUAAAAAGGCGGAGCAGUAGCAACAAUAGCAGUAGAAAUAAAAAAAUCCAAAAAUAGAUCAAACUUUUCCUCAUCGCUAAUUUGAUUAUUUUUAACAACAAUGCAUGGUAGCAUUAUGUGAUGCGUCAUUUGUAAUUAUCGCAGCUUUAGUAAUGCUUUGGUCAAUGUAAGUGAUUAUCCAUGUUUGAUCAUUCACUUUUGAAAUGUUUAGACAAUUUGUUGUUGCGAUAAUGAAAGUAUUAGGUGGCGGCGAUCGGAGUAGAAGGAGGCGGCGACCGCGACCGACUUACCGCCGACUUGCGGGAUAGAAAAUGAUAGAACUACGUUCGUGUGGUGGAAAAAUUCCGGCGGCGGAAUUAUAGAUUCGGUUUAGUUUAUACAAAUAUCGACCGAGUGUUAUUUUCUUCAGUGACAUGACGCCGGUCGUGCGGCCAGACACAAAGCACAUCGCCAAACGCCAACAACAUCGACAACACCCCUACAAAUACUCCGUAAUCAUCCACCUGGAUGCUGACUCGUAAGCCUUCACCAAUCAUCUGCUCUGCAAGCUCCUAGCAAUGGAAGACCGCUCCAGGAAGAUCAGUUGCUUUGCCUCCUCGGAUGUUUCCGCUCCCCCGGUACUCCUCAGGAGGAGGUUGAGCGCUCCAGAAACUAUAAUGCGAAAGCACAUGCUAGCCCAGCAGAGGGCCGCUUCGCAGGAUAGCCAAAACUCUUCGGAGAGUGCCCAAAGCUGCAACUGGCCCAUGGACCCGAGCAGCGAUCCCAACCUCUCCAAGAGGCGCGAAAGCGAUAUCCGCAAGUCUACCCUGAUGAAACGUUUCUGGGACUCUUCCAGGAUACAAUUCCCCAGAACGUACUCGGAAUGGCAGUACUCGUUCGGUAAAAUGAAGCUGUCUUCUACUCCUACAACGCCAGAGCAUUCUCGAGGAAGCCGCAAGAAUAUAUUCGAAGCUAAAACUAAGAGUUCACCUAAACGCAAAAUUUCUAUCUACAAUGGCACCUAUACUAGUGAAUCCAGGAAAAGUAGCGUGGAUGAAUCGCCUAAGCACAUGAGGAAGAUCUCACCGAAACCAGAUAGCAACAACGAGGAUUAUGCUGUGUAUUCCAGCAACUUUAGUAACGUGACUUCGUCGGAAUCUCAGAAUACGAGUAGAACAGUGGAUAAUUUUGAUUCUGCUUACGCGAAUAGUUGUACUAGCGUUUCUCGGUCUGCUGAUACUGCGAAAGAGAAUAACAACAAUGUCAGUAUGCCAAUAAAGUACCAAUUCGUGUUGAGCAAAGAUGCGGAAUUUGUGCCGAAAACUACAAACGAGGCUACUCAAACCACCGAUACCACAAACUUGAACGUGAUUUCGAACGUGCACUUGAGCCAAUCGACACUCAACUUAAUUUUUAAUCAGGUCAUGCAAGACGUUUUGAAAAGCAAGCCCGAACCCUCGCAACCUAAAAUAAUCAACGUACAAACCCUUCCAACAUUCAAUGUACAAACGAAACCAGAGGACAAACCUACAAGAUUGAUCAGUGAAGUAAACGUGGGAAGUCCCUACAAAGUGAAAGAAUCUCCAUUAGUGCCUCGCCUUUCUGCCUUACCUAGAUCUACCUCAAUGGAAGUGAAUAUUUCGUCAAAUGAUUCUUUCGACAAAGACUCCGAUUCCUGCAGCCUUGUUGAUAGCUUGGAAGAUCCGAGCUCUCCAAAAAUAAAGAAUCCCGAGGAUAAGCUACACUUACUUCCAGACAACAGCAGUUCAUCAAACAACAUCCUCCAGAAAAAGUCCUCCGUCUUUUAUAUACCAAUGAAAAAUGAGCCUGAAAUGAUAUUAGAAGAAAAUACAUCGGGGGAUGUUUCCAAUCUGCUACCAAGCAAAUUAAAAGAGAAACUAAUGAAGCGUCAGAUCAAGCGGGAAGAGAAGAGGAAGGAGAACAAGAUCAGGCACUUCGAUGUGCAAAACGGUAAUUACAGCACCUACUUUGAUACCAGCCCCGAAUUAUCUGCAAAACCGAAACCGCGCAAAAAGAAAACCACUCUACCCCUCAUCGAAAACAAGCCGCUGAAACCAAAAUCUUUUUGGUUGCCGCGCAAUAAGAAACCCGAGAAAUUAACUCCACUUACGAGAGAGUCCAAGAAACCAGAAAGUAAGCAAAUUGAGAUACUUGAAGUGAUGGAGAUCGUUGAGCCUACCAAAGUACUGAGUGCGCUUCCAAAGACUAAAUCGAAAAUACCUGUUUUAGUUCAGCAGCGUUUACCUAAGCUGAGCCAUCGCAAAGCGCAGAAACCGGCCUACCUAGAUUACACUGAUGCGCCAGAUCCUAAGUUCGAUCAGCUGAUUGCAAAUAUCCUGAUCGAUUCGCUGAACCGUGAAGACCUGGAGACCAGUCGCCAAAAGAAAUUCGACACAAUCCCCGAGGAGAAAGCCGAGCAGAACAAUAAUCCUAUCGAUAAGGUCGCUGAUCUCCUAACUCAGCAGGUCCUCGAGAACAAUAACGUUGAAGGUAAUGAGAGCACGGAAUCCCCAGAAAACGCGCAAAUGCCGAAGGGAUGGAUAACGUUCUACAUGUUGCAAAAAAAUAAUUCACCUGAGAGUACGUCAGACGAAGUUGUUUAUUUAGGCACUAUAAAUAUGAAAACCUCUAAGAAGUGUGAUAAAAUAAGUCAGACACCGAAAGACUCCGAUUACAAAUCUGAAGAAAGCGACUCGGAGUCUGAUAGGGCAACGAAGUACCAGAAAGGAAGCACUUCGAAAUGUGGCUGGUCGGUGACUGUAAGUGGAACGAGCAAUGGUGAGAUAGGACCUGAUGUAGAGAUGCGACUGAAGUUUCCUAAACUUGUCCAGAAAAUUGAGAAAAAAACAAAGAACCGCGACGAGAGUUUCCAAUCAAAAUUUCCUCCUCUCUCCAACAAAAAGAAAGAAUCAGGAAUCACUUUUGAAGAAAUGUGCUCAAAACGACAGUCAGCUCUUUCAAAUACAAAACCAUAUCUAAAUAGUAAAACUCACGAUGGCUUAUUAAAUCAAGCCAAGUACGAACCUAGGCCUACAAAAACAAGUACUCAAAGGAGAUUGUUGCAUCGUCCGAAAAAUUUAAAGGAAAUCACAAUUCCUAUAGACUCAAACAGGAAUUUAGAAGAUAUCUUCAGGAAGUUUCCAAAUAUUCUCGCAGUGAAUGGAAAUGCUAUGAGCCGAGAGAAGAAGUCUUCAUUGUCUAAAUUAACUGAAAGUGAUUUGAAACAUUUAUUAUCCCAUUUUAAUAAGAACGUGCAAUAAUUGUUAAGUGACAAAUAUAUAUAUAUUUAUAAGUGCUAGAUACUCUAUACAAUAUAUGAAGC